UUUCGUCUAGUCUCCAGACGUAUCGUUUGAGCUUCAGCUGUUUGGUUAAAGUGUUGUGAAUAGUUGUGCGCUUACAGUACGUGAUUUUGAUCGCAUUUGAUUUAUUGUUUGACUUGUCUACGAUGUCAUUCAAACAUGAAGUAAUAGACGUGAUGACGCGGGUCCAAUGGGACACUGAACUCGAUGCGGAACCUAUCUCCGAAGAGACCCUGGAUGGGGAAUUUUGCCUGACUCACUUCGACAGGAAGUAUGUCGACAGGAUCGUCCCUUUCUUUAAGGUGGCUUGCAAGUACAACCUGGUCGAGGAGCAAUGCCUCGAUUUUCCUCAUCAAGAAAAGUACUUACUGAUGUAUCGUAUUGACGUAUCUUUGAAGCUGUGUGCAAGAGAUUUGGAGUUGCAAGAAAAAUUGGAAGCUGAAAAAUUUGAAUCCAGUCCCGGUUGGAUUACCGGUACUAUCAAGAGAAGAAGAGUGAAUUCAGGAAAUGAAGUUGGCGUCUCGACGGAAAAAGUGAAUCCAUUGAUCCUUGAUAACACGAAGCGUCCGUCUAGUGUUUGGAUCAACUUCAGUGGAAGCAGAAAGAAACUCUUGGUGGUGAAAUCGCCUGUAACUGAUGAUGAACAACAACCAACAACCAUUUUAGAAUGGUCAGAAACAUUCUUUGUCGACCGCGGGUCUAGUUACGACAGCUUAUCGGUUCCGUUGACUUGCGUGUUCUGGUUGAAGUUUGACAGUACUGAUCACGGUGAAAUGCAUGUCAUUAAACAUAUGACGAACCUGUUUGUUGAGCAAUCCAACUGCGAUGUUCAGUUUUGUUUCAAAGGAAGUCGAAUAAAAGUUGGCGGGCACGCUUCCAUCCUGGCAGCCAGAAGUCCCGUUUUUGCUGCCAUGUUCCAGCACGACAUGCAGGAGAAGAAGACGGGAAAAGUCGUGAUAAAAGACAUCAAGCCAAACAUUUUCAAUGACCUGCUUCACUACAUCUACUCCGGCCGGACUUCAGCCCCCCUGAAUCAGAAGACUGCCCAGCUGAUGUUUAUGGCUGCCGACAAGUACAACAUCGACGACCUGAAAGAAUAUUGCGUCACUUUUCUUCUCUCCGAAAUGGAGACGACCGACGCUCUCGGCCUGCUUAUCUGGGCACACCUGAACUCCAUCGAGAAAAUCAAAGAAGCUUCUAUUAAAUUCAUCGCGGCCCACGCAAGAAUAAUUUUCAGAACGAGUGAGUGGAAGGAGGCUUGCAACGCCCACCCUAACCUCUGUUUGUUAAUUACCCAACGAAUGUAACAUAAGUUGCAAAUUGACGUUUAAAAAUCUAUGGACGUAGCAUUUGUAGCUUAUUUUCGUUGUGUCGUGAACAAUUCAUGUACUAUCGUGAAGCCAAUGCGUUUUUUUGGGGGGAAGGUUAAUUACCAUUGGUGAUGAAUACAGACAUUUUUCCAGAAAUUGUUAGACCUGUUGGUAAUUUUCUUCCAAUUUUUUCUUUAAUUACAGUUGUUUAUUAUACGGGUUAUCGGUUUCCGUGAACUUAACGCUCCCUUCCACGGGAGCACUGAACGCUAUCGCAAGAAAUGUAUUAACAUUAUAAAUUAAAACAUAUACAUUUAGAUUUAUUUAUGUUCACCACGGUUUUAUUU